GAAAGAGAAAGAGAGAGAGAGAGAGAGAGAGAGAGAGAGAGAGAUAUCAGGGGAUCAAUGACCAGAGGCUCCACCCAUUAGGGGAAUUUACAGGUCCAACCUGGCAACUCAGCAGCACGGCAACCACAUUUAAAUAUAAUCGAAUGAUUUUGGUACAACAACAAAAAUAACCAGCAGUUAAUGAAUUGGCUCUGCCCAAAGCCUUCAGCUCUCACUGGUUCGGCUGAUUCUUAUUCCUGCUCCAUCGCAGCCUCGGCAUGAGGCCUUUUCACAGUCUUUCAUGGACGCACUUAAGGGUGUGUUGCUAUUGCUGGCAGGUGUAGGAGCAGGUUGAACAGGUUGUUCCCUGAAUGCCACUCUGCUAGGCCCUCCUCCCUCCCUUCCAGCUCCUCUGUCGGAGGCCAAUUGCUGAUUCACUCUCACAUGAGGCUCAGUGAAGAGAUUUUAUUGCUGGUGCACCUGUUCUGAUCUGAUACAGCCUGAGACUAAGAGAAAAUCCAAAACAAAAAUGAAAGUGAAUUUAAAAGUCACAUCAGGCCUUCUUCUUCUGAUUGCCCACACAUUUACCCUGACAUCAUCGCAGGAACCAACAACCUUAUCUGGGAACACAAUCGACCAAAAAUGGCUUCGUGAACCUUUAAAAUGGGUAUCUGGAAGUCAAAACUCCGCAGUUGAAGGAGGAGAAUAUGACUCUGCUGCAGGAGCUGGAGCUAACAAUGACGACAGCAGUGGAGGACCAUCUGGAUAUAAUCCCAGUUUCAAUGAGGAAGAGGAGAACGGAUUGACUCAGGAAACUGGGGGGAAUGAAAACUCUGAUGAUGCCAGCAGUGGAAUGUCUCCUGACAACCAGUUAGAAAUGUCAAACACCACAGUCUCUACAACAACCACGGUGGAACCUCAGGAGAAAUCUGAUAACUCCACUGAGGAAACAUCGGGGGAUGGCAGCAGCAAUGAUUUAGAGACUACCAAUACAACAACGACGACAACAACGACAACAACAAUCCAACAAGAACCCAAUGGGUCAGACAACAACACAACACCAUCCAACUCAACAACUACAACUACAACCACUACAACGACAGCAGAAGAAAACAACCAAUCCAACACGACAUCAAAUCCUCCUGCACAGCCCACAGAAGCAGGUGCUGCGUCUACAACCAAUGCUACACCAGAGAAUGCCAACGACACAGUCUGGGGGGACAACGAUGAAAGAGCUGAUUCCUCCAGUGAAUCCAGUGAUGGUUUGGAUUCAGAUUCAAAAGGGAGAAAAAAGAAUGGAACAUGGGCUGCAGUGCUGGGAACAGGCUUGGCUCUGGCCAUUGUUGCACUGGUGGCUUACGUCUACAUGAAGAGGAAACAACAGAAGGAUUUCUCUCACAGAAAACUGGUUGAGGUGUUUCCCACAGACCCAGUCCUCAGGCUGGACAACAGUGGACCCCUGGACCUGAACUAUGGGGGUGGAGCCUAUUUCAACCCAGGUGUCCAGGGUGACAACAUCCAAAUGACCAACUAUCCAGGAAACUUUAGACAAUGAGAAAAUCUUCCAUGGACUCCCUUUAAGAAGUCUGUCUAUUAUUCUGUGGGCCUUUGACGGACAAGUUACAACGUGGAGAAAAAUUAGUUUGUGCUGAUCUUCUGUAAGAUUAGGAAUUUUUUAAGUAGAAUUAUUGAAGUGACAUAGAGGGAGGGAAAUCAAUCUGAAGUAUGCUUCUACAGCCAAUUUAAUUGUCAGCCAUUUAUAUAUGUUGCCAAAGGGAAUACAGGAACGUGAGUAUGAAGGGUGUAAAAAUAUCAUGUAUUUAUUAUAGCUUUUGAUUUAAUUCUUUUGGUCAGGAACCAUGUAAUUCUGUUGAAGAGAAGCACAGACACCAGCCAAUUACAUGAUCCGUAGAGAUGAGAAGAGGAACAAAAAUUGUUACUCCUGAUGAUGCAAAUCUCUAGAGCGGGCCGUUAUAUUGCUGCAGCUUGCUAAGUGAGGGUUUUGCAACAGAAUUAUAAAGCCAUCGCGAACAAUAAAAUGAUCUUUUAUUCCCCUUCUUAGAUGUAGUGAUAGCACGAAGGAAAUCAUUUCUGUUUGAGGUGUGUGUUACAGAUAUGCCGAAGGUGACGCUCACACCGUCGAACCAAAGAUUUCAUUAAGUCUCUCUUCAAACCAAGAGAGGUUGUGGGUUUGUUUUUCAUAAACUGAGGCUUGGGUAUUCAUCAAGGGAAUUGUGUAUUUGGUCUUAGAACUACAUAGUAGCACCUUAAACCUAUUUACCGCCUUCUGAGUAACACCCUCUAGCUUUAAGCUGCUGCAUUCAUAUAACAUGAGUAGAAUAAAUGAAAUAGUAACUUUACGGGAAAAAAAAAAUUCUAUCAUUAUUAUUCCGUCCCUGUCUUUGACUUUGGGCUCCAACCUUGGGCAGGUGUGUUAAACUUGACUGAAGCAACACACUUUGUGCUCAACAAUCUUGUCUUCUGUCCAAUGCUUUCCUACAAUAAAAUGUACUAUAAGAAACUAUUAUGUUAUAAAUUAAACAGAACUUAACUCA